GAACGUCAAAGAGUAAAUAAAAACAAAGCUGGAUUCUCAGCGAGAAUUUCUCACCUGAUUCAUGCUUAUUAAUUUAAAUUAAAUUUUUUAACUGAACAGCAACUCUCGAACUUACCAUAUUUCGUAUAAGCCUAUAAUUUACUAGACUUACACAAUCGACAUGUCCAACGAACUCUGCCUUCUUUGUUUGCAAGGAGUGGACAAGGACGAGAGCGCAGCAAAAUCCGUCCAAAAAUUCAAAGUCGAAACCCUCUGCAAACUGUUGGCACCUUGCCAUCCAAAUUACAAACCUUUUCAUAAUCAAUUCGAAUUGGAAGGGGAUGAGAUGUAUCAGUUUUGCGAUGUUUGUUACCCUCUGGUCAGCACAAUAGACGAAAUUAAGAACCAAAUUCAACUGCUGGAGGAAGAAAUUGGAUCGAAAGUUAAGCAAAUUCAGGCCACAAUUUUGGACGCUUCCUCCCCGCUGCAAAAUAAUGAGGAUAAUGGAAGAGAGAAAAUUAUACAAAUUCGUAACAUGAUUCUGCGUGUGACAGGAGAGAAUGCGGAACAUCAAGAUGACAGUUUUGUACCAGACGAAGUACAAGUCAAAGUGGAGGAUGUCAAUGUGGAUGAUCAAUUCUUAGAUGACGACUUUAAUUCCUACUCCCUGCCAAGUGUCGAAAAACCAAAGGAGGAAGAGACUGACGAUUUAUUUGACGAUGGGGACGAUGUCGACACUACUUUUUGUAUUAUUCCCUGUUCACAAAAGAAGCUAAGGGGGAGACCUAAAUCAUCUAUUAAGAAGCCACUACUACGGAAACGAAAAAACGAGGAUUCCUCCGCAGCAAAAAUAUUGUCUAGAACUAAAAAAAACUCGAAACGGAUCAAAGAGUCUCCUCGACCACCAAGUCUGCAAACGACACGGUCCUCGCCUCGCGUCAAGCAGCAAACCGCUCCACUCAAAGACGUCAAAACUCUUGUAGUUUCGCUGAAAAGAAUUGGCUCCACAAUUACAAAAUCCACAGCAAGAUCGAAUUCUGCUUCAUCGUCAGAUGAGGAUACAAAAUCUAAACCUGGCGACGACAAAGAUUGGGCUCCGAGAAAUGAGGGUGAUGACUACAUCGAGACUUCUGACGAAGAAACUGAAGACGCAAAGGACGCUAUCCUCUCCCACAAGUGUGGAUCGUGUACCAAAUCUUUCACCACUGAAUCUAUCCUUAAUCGGCAUGUGGCAAGACUCCACAGUGUCGCUUGCACCGAGCCAUCAUGCAACGCCAGAUUUCGUACCAAGAAAGCGAGGGACUCCCACAUGAAGCGUGUCCAUGAAGGCAUCGCCCCUUAUCAGUGCCGACUUUGCGGGAAUAAAUUCCUUCGCCAAGGCACGCUCGCUGCGCAUAUGGUGAUUCGCCACGAAGAAGGGGAGAAGAAAUUCUCUUGCGUCAAAUGCAAUAAGAGCUUCUGCCUCGAGGAAAACUUUCAGAGACAUUUGAAACUACACGACUUCGAGGCAAUCAAACCGUUAGUUUGUGACCUGUGCGAUGACCGAUUUGAAAACGAAGUCCGUUUACAAAGACAUUUAGCAACACUAACACACAAUACACGCUCCUUCAAAUGUAAUAUUUGUGCCAAGGGGUGCGGAAGUAGGGUGGCACUGGAAAGGCAUAUGCGUAGUCAUACUAAGGAAAAGCCGGAAAAAUGCCCCCAUUGUGACGCUACCUGGGCCGAUAAGACAACCCUGCAACGGCACAUCUUACGUUCCCACUCAUCAGCGUCCGCAGCAAAUAUUUGUCACAUUUGUGGGAAAGGAUUUUAUCUUCCCUAUGAUCUUAAGAUCCACCUCGAUCGUCACGAUGGCAAAUAUGUGGUCAAAUGCGACACUUGUGGGGACACUUUUGUAGACCCCGUUACACUACAAUCCCAUCGUAUUAGGUUGCACGGCGAGGACCCCUUCGUUUGUGAUGAAUGUGGUGCCAGAUUUACGUCUAUGGGAGCAUUAAAAUCACACAAGAAGAUCCAUGAGGGAGACAAGAAGCAUAAAUGUCUAACUUGCGGCGCCAGUUUUCUUCGCAUGACGGAACUUACAAGUCACAUGCGAACCCACAGCGGGGAGCGACCAUUCCCUUGCCCCCACUGCGAGAAAGCGUUCAAGACCAAAAAAUAUUUGACCAAUCACGUGAAUGGUAUCCACACUCCAGGCUACGUCGUCCCCACUCCCCACAAGUGCCCGCAUUGUAGUAAAGGAUUUCAAUAUCCUUUCGUUCUGGAGGGUCACAUCCGCGCAGUUCACACGGGAGAACAGCCCUUCACUUGUGACCAGUGCGGAAAGGGAUUCGCCGUCAAGUCAACGUUAACUCUGCAUCUGAAAGGAACCCAUGGCGUCGUUUUGGAGACGAAAGACAGGCUGCCAAGAUCAAAAAAGGAUGCGUUUCAUGAAGAAGAGGAAUUAAAUGCUUAAAUUUUAAAUCAUUGGAUAUUACAAGUAUUGCAUACCUCGUGCAUACGUAAGUAUGCACUUCGUUAUUUAUGCGUACAUGUUUGUAUGUAAAUAUUUAUGUAUUGAUGCAUUGCUUAAGAAUAUGUGCAAAUACGAUAAAUGAACAUGACACAUGGAAGCUGAUAAAUUAAUUUCAAAUGAAAAUUUUGGUUGAACAUAUUCAAACGAAACCCGUGAGUUUUUGUAACUUGUAUUAUUUUUAUUUUUAUAACUUUUUAAAUAAUUAGACCGCUAUAAUUCAUAGGCUCUCAAGACAAGAAACGUAAUUUUACACGAUAUGCAUAUGUACUCAUCCUCAGGUAAUGUGCAUAAAUAUGUAUUUCAUUAAAUAAAUUAUUUGAAACUAAA